GGCUAUGCCUUUGAGGGGUUGCUUACUCUUUUUUCCCCUUUUCUCUUUGUACGAGUAUGGGUCCCACGUGCAGCGAAUUGAGAAGGGCAUUGGGGUUAUUCACCACUGGAGUAUGCCGGCGCAAUACCUCACACAGCUGCUGAAUGACGAGUCUUCAUUUUCGUCUGCGAUAUGAGCGUUGCUACUCACUGUCUCCUCAGCUCCCCAGGAGACGUUUCGCCUCGAGAAAUUGGAGGUGUUCACCUAUCCUUGACGCCACCGACUACUCUAUUUGUGAUGGCAAUACACUGUAAGGCACAACGGGCAUACGGAUCACGCCAGGACUCCAGGGCAGGCCAGCGUCGCACAGUUGUAUGCUGGACUGAGCCGAUUCUACCAUUGUCGACAACAUCCCAGACUAUCAUUCACUCAUACAGGUAUAUUUUUGCUCCCUGUUGUGGUUUGUGCGAGCCGUGAUAUGCAGUCCCAUCCCAAAGCAUCCCCCUUCUUUCUUUUCU